AUGGAGCCAGUGCAGAAUGGCGAGUCUAGCCGGUCGCCUGCGCGGAGGUCGACGUCUCCUCGAAGGCUUCUUCAAGCAGAGCAUAGUCACGGAGCUGCCGGCUCAACCGGAGGCGGAGAUGGACAGGGACAAGGGCAAGAAGCAGACCGGUCCGAGACGCAGCUCGGCGCGGAUGGCAUAGCUAAGAGUCGCUUGAUACUACCCGAGUGGGACAUCCCACCGCCCAAACCCCUCCAUCCUUCACAUGAUCUCAUAUCCCUCCUCUCCCUCGCCUCCCUGUAUAAUACCUACGUCCGCCCAUACGCAUCAGGCAUUGACGAAGAACCGAACCCCGGCGGAGCUGGAGAUGUGGAUGAGGAUGGGGAUGUACCGAUGUCUGCUGGGCUCGGCGGACAAGGCAAGAAACGGGGCGCUGGAGGUGGAGCAGUGAGGAAGCUAGAGAGGGGGUAUAUGGGUCUGUUGGAUGACUGUAUCGAUCCGGUCCCAAAUGGCAAUAAAGCAGCACCGAGUCUCGUCCCUCUGAUCCAGGAUCUCACAUAUCAGCCGUCAGGUCCACCUCCGGAGCUCUGGGAUGGACCGAUAGAGGUCUGGCCGGUGGAUAAGUGGAGCGUCGCCCGCUUAGAGGUGGGAAGUCAGUCUGGUUACAAAGGUGGUGAGAAGGAGGGUGUCCGAAAGGCAGAGGAGAAACGCCGGCGUAAACGAGAAGCCAAAGCCAAAGCUCUUCUUCCCACCCCACUCGUCCUGCCAAGCGAUACGUCCAACCCGCUCACCCCCAAUCCGAUGUCUGCGCCCGGUACACCUCUUCUGCCUGUCGCCCCUCCAUCCCGAGCCGGGAUGAACGGCUUUGCUCAUCGCCGCCAAGAUAGCACAUCGGGAAUUGGGACGUCCCGACCUCCUCCAUUGAAUCCUGCGCGAGCCAGCUAUGGGCCAGGCGGUCCGUCCUCUGCUCAAGGAUCAGGCUCUGCGGGGUUCAGGCCUGCCGGUGCUGCUAGUCGGCCCGGUACGCCUUCUUGGGCUGGUACAGCGGGACAGAAGACACCGGGAUCGGCCCAGCCUGGAGGUGUGAAGCGGGUGUAUGAGGGUCAGGGGGCCGGCAUGAGCAAGAAGGCUAAAGUUGCUGGGACGAGGAGUGCGAGCCCGAUGCCCACGUCCGGGCUCGCCAAAGGGACUGGACUGCCGGCGCAGGGGCAAGCGCAAACGAAGGGGCAGACUAGGCCAGGUCUGGGGAAAGGGCCAAGAGCGAGGACAGAGGGGAUGUGA